AUGGAGAAACCUGGAGCGUUUCUGGUCGCGUUGUGCGCUGCCGCUAUCACCGGGAUACUGUGCAUUAUCUUCACUCUCAUAUGGGUCCUACACUACAGGGAAGGGCUGGCCUGGGAUGGAGGCUCCGCAGAAUUCAACUGGCAUCCUCUCCUGAUGGUGGUUGGCUUGGUUUUUCUCCAAGGAUCUGCCAUCAUCAUCUUCAGACUUCAUUGGACCUGGACUUGCAGCAAGUUGGUGAUGAAGUGGAUCCAUGCGUGUUUACACUUACUGGCUUUUGCGUUGGCUGUUAUAUCCACAGUAGCAGUCUUUGACUUCCAUAACUCUGCCAAAAUCCCCAACAUGUACAGCCUGCACAGCUGGCUGGGGAUAGCAGCUGUCGCACUUUACUGUUUACAAAUUGUUGUAGCAGUGGUCUUGUACCUGCUCCCUGUCUCACCAGUGUCAUGGAGAGCAGCCUUCAUGCCUUUCCAUGUCUUUUUUGGGACUUUGCUGUUUGUUGGUGUCAUCUCUGUUGCACUCAUGGGUAUAACAGAAAAGCUCAUUUUUGGUCUAAAAGACCCUAAGUACAGCCAGUCUCCACCUGAAGCACUCUUUGUAAAUGUUCUUGGAGUGCUCUUGGUGGGUUUUGGGGCUAUUGUGGUGUAUACUGUUACUCGAGUACCUUGGAAACGCCCCAAUGUUCAAGUCUUGCAUACCUUGCAUAGCAACGAGGUGGAAGAGGAUAAAGGACAAGUGGGACCAGCACUGACACAACUCCCUGCUGCAGCAGAUGCUGAGGCCAGUUAUAAACCCGCUGUAAGCUGGUCCACCAUGUCUGACAAGAAUGAGCUGAAGGCAGAGCUUGAAAGAAAGAAACAACGAUUGGCACAAAUCAGGGAGGAGAAGAAGCGGAAAGAGGAGGAGCGAAAGAAAAAAGAGUCUGAACAGCUGAAAGAGGCUUCGCAACAUCAAGAUGACUCUGAUUUGGAGAAGAAACGACGUGAAGCUGAAGCCCUGUUACAGAGCAUGGGGAUUGGAGAAACUCCCUCUGUGCCUCCUCCUCCCGUGUCUCCCACUGCCAAAUCCACGGGCACGCCGAGCGAGGCAGGGAGCCAGGACUCGGAUGGAGCUGUGGGACCCAGGCGUGUGACACCAAAACUGGGGUUGGCCAAAGUCACACAUGUAGACUUCCCUCCACGUGAAACUGUUUCCUACACCAAAGAGACGCAGACCCCCGCACUCACCCAGCCUAAAGAAGAAGAAGAAGAGGAAGAAGUUGCUCCGCCACUGGCAGUAGAGGAGAUACAGACUGAACAACCGGACCAAAAGAAGGAAGAGGAAGCUCCCCCUCAUGAACUGACAGAGGAGGAAAAACUCCAGAUAUUGCACUCGGAGGAGUUUGUGAAUUUCUUCGACCACAGCAGUCGUAUUAUUGAGCGAGCCCUGUCGGAGCACGUGGACCUCUUCUUUGACUACAGCGGCCGCGACCUGGAGGAGAAGGAGGGGGAAAUCCAGGCCGGGGCCAAACUGUCUCUCAACAGGCAGUUUAUGGAUGAGCACUGGUCCAAGCAUCGUGUUGUCACCUGCUUAGACUGGUCACCCCAGUAUCCAGAGCUCUUGGUCGCCGCUUACAACAACAACGAGGAAGCUCCCCAUGAGCCCGAUGGAGUGGCCCUGGUGUGGAACAUGAAGUAUAAGAAGGCCACGCCGGAAUACGUCUUCCACUGUCAAUCUGCUGUUAUGUCCGCCGCGUUUGCCAAGUUCCACCCCAACAUAAUGGUGGGGGGCACGUACUCGGGGCAGAUCGUCCUAUGGGAUAACAGGAGCAACAAGAGGACCCCAGUACAGCGGACGCCCCUGUCAGCAGCAGCGCACACGCAUCCUGUGUAUUGUGUGAAUGUGGUGGGAACUCAGAACGCCCACAACCUCAUCAGCAUCUCCACUGAUGGAAAGAUGUGCUCCUGGAGCCUGGAUAUGCUCUCACAGCCACAGGACAGUAUGGAGCUGGUGUUCAAACAGCCCAAAACUGUAGCUGUCACCUCCAUGUCGUUUCCUCUUGGAGAUGUCAACAACUUUGUGGUGGGCAGUGAGGACGGCUCAGUCUACAUGUCAUGUCGUCACGGAAGCAAAGCUGGUAUCAGUGAGAUGUUUGAGGGCCACCACGGGCCCAUCACAGGCAUCAACUGCCACACGGCAGCAGGGCCCCUGGACUUUUCCCACCUGUUUGUUACCUCAUCAUUUGACUGGACCGUCAAGCUGUGGAGCACAAAGAAUAACAAGCCGCUGUAUUCCUUUGAGGACAACUCUGAUUAUGUUUAUGACGUUAUGUGGUCUCCUAUUCACCCUGCUCUUUUUGCCUGUGUGGACGGAGUAGGUCAUCUCGACCUGUGGAACCUGAACAAUGACACAGAGGUCCCCACGGCUAGUGUCACGGUGGAGGGUAACCCUGCCCUGAAUAGAGUGAGGUGGGCUCCUUCGGGCAGAGAGAUCGCUGUGGGCGAUUCGGAUGGGUGUGUCCGCGUCUAUGAAGUUGGAGAACAAACUGCCAUCCCUCGUAGUGAUGAGUGGACCCGGUUUGUCCGCACUCUGGCGGAGAUCAAUGAGAACAGAGACGAUGCAGAGGAACUGGCCGCUCAGCGUCUUGCUGCCUGA